ACAACGACGACUUACCUUGAACUCUCAUAUUACCAACACCACCAACAACGCGGCGACUACCACCACUACCACCACCACCACCACCACUACCACCACCACCACCAUCAUUACCACCUGCAAAAUGUUCUCCCAACAGUGCCUUUCCUAUCAGCUUUUAACCCUACUAAGCUUAGUGGUAUUGCAUGCUACACCGAACCAAGGAUUCGAUAUCGCCACAUGUAAUAGGCCCUUGGGCAUGGAAUCGGGUGCAAUUACAGACACUCAAAUUACAGCCAGUUCAGCUCAUGAUGCCGGAUUUGUUGGGCCGCAACAUGCGAGACUGAAAACCGAUAAUAAUGGUGGUGCUUGGUGUCCCAAGCAUAUGGUGUCUAAUGCUUUAAAAGAAUAUUUACAAGUUGAUUUAUUGUCAACACAUGUUAUAACAGCGAUACGAACGCAAGGACGCUUCGGGAAGGGCCAGGGGCAAGAAUACACUGAAGCCUAUGUCUUGGAAUACUGGCGGCCAGGUUUUACAAAUUGGAAACGAUGGAAGAAUACGCAAGGCAAAGAGAUAUUACCCGGCAACAUUAACACGUACAGUGAAGUGGAAAACACUUUGCAGCCGAUUAUAUUCGCAUCGAAAAUGCGUAUCUAUCCAUAUGGACAAUACGAUCGCACAGUAUGCUUAAGAGCUGAAAUUGUGGGCUGCACAUGGGAUGAGGGUAUAGUGUCAUAUAGCAUACCCAAAGGUGUGCAACGCGGCAUGGAAGUCGAUUUAUCGGAUAAGACGUAUGAUGGUUACGAACAAGGCGACCGUUAUGUCGAUGGAUUAGGUCAAUUGGUUGACGGUCAAAAGGGCAAAGAUAAUUUUCGCACCGAUAUUCAUGGCUUCGGGAAAGGUUAUGAAUGGAUCGGUUGGCGUAACGAUACACCCGGCUUAAUGGGUAAGCCGGUGGAGAUUGUAUUCGAGUUUGAUACCGUACGAAAUUUCAGUGCCAUUAUACUGCACACUAAUAAUAUGUUCACCAAAGACGUCCAGGUUUUUGUCCAUGCUAAGGUGUUUUUUAGCAUAGGCGGUCAUCGUUUUUCUGGUGAACCGGUACAAUUCUCCUAUAUGCCCGAUACAAUCAUGGAUCAUGCCAGGGAUGUUACGAUAAAAUUACAUCAUCGUGUUGGCAAAUAUCUAAAAAUUAACUUGUAUUUUGCGGUUAAAUGGAUCAUGCUGUCGGAAAUCUCAUUCGUAUCUGUGCCAGCCGUGGGAAAUUUUACAGACGAACAGGAACAGCGUGGCGCCUUAUUGCCACAGGAUACUCGUGAAUAUCCUUUACAAAGUAAUGAAUAUCAUCAUAAUAAUAAAAAUGGUGGCGGCGUUAGCAGCGGCGGUGGCAAAAUGACGACAACAAAUUUUAAUAGCGAAAGAAAUUAUAAUAAUGGACCGCAGUUAAUCGCUCCGAAACCCAUCGAUCAAGAGCCCUCCGAAGAGAAUUUCAUAGGCGUGGUUAUUGUAGUGUUAACCACGAUUAUCAUUCUAUUAGUGGCAGUGAUUCUGUUCAUUGUUUCGCGAACAAAGCGAGCGCGGGGCAGUAAUGUGUUAGAUGCAUUCCAAUAUAGUUUUAAUCCAAAUACCUUAGGCAGCAAUGUGGACAAACAUCGGGCAAAUGGCUCCAGCAUUAAGGCCAAUGUCGACGACAGCGAUUCAAUCGGUAAAAAUAGUUUAUAUCAUGAACCUUUCAAUGUAAAUAUGUAUACGAGCGGUGUGAAUGGUUACGCUGCGGUCAACGAUUUGCAAUGUAAUAUGACGCCAGAUUAUACAGAUGUACCAGAGGGUGGUUAUGCCGUGCCUCAUAUGCAAGAUUAUAUGCCAGCCAGCAAGAUAUCUAAUUCAGCGCAAGCAGGUUACGUGAAUGUGCGUCGUACACCGCCUCCCCCAUUGAGUAGUAUAUUUCCUCGACCGCCGCAAGUACCACCACCACCCAUGGAGAAAUACUAUGCUACUACGGCGAUAUUUAAGCCCAUCAAAGGAAUGGGCGCUGGCGGGGCCGGCAGCGGUAGCAGCGGUGCAGCUAGCAAUACAAUGAGUAGUAAAGCAAGCAGUAAUUUAAGCAGCGAACAUAAUUAUGACGAUAACAUGGGUACGAUGAACUCACAGUCAACGGCACCCAUGAUAAAUGCGUACAACAGUAGUGGAGUUGGCAGUGGUGGCGGUGUUGGCGGCGGUGGCGGCGGGGGUACCGGCAGUGGUAAUUCUAAUGCCAGCAACAGUGAUAAUAUGCAAUUUCAACGCGCAAGAACCUACAAUUUUCGUAGUUAUCCUGAUAAUCUUUAGUUUGUAGAAAAAACAUUUAUUCAG